AUAAUAUAACAGCUGAACAAUUCGCUCAAGCAAAAGAAAAUGACGAUGAAGUACUUAUGCAAACGUAUUUAAAUAAAAAUACAUUUCGUGAAAAAUACUUUCGUCUACGUAUUAAUGAAGAAACAUUUAAUGUAAAAUUUUUAGAAAUUUGUCAAUCAACAGAUAAUAAUCAAACAUCAACAACUACAGCAACCGCAG